UCGGGAGGCUCGCGCCUGCGCACAGAGGGCCUGAGCGGGCGCCCGCGGAAAGGGGCGACAGCGGGUGGAAGCAGAUUAUGGAUAAUAGUCUUUUAUAAUCUGUCAUCAUGGCUACUGAAUGUUGUUCCAAGGCUACUGAUAGUCCUUUUUCAUCAGAUAAACAUGCCCAACUCAUCUUGGCUCAGAUCAAUAGAAUGAGGAACAGACAGAAUUUCUGUGAUGUGCAGCUGCAAGUUGGACAAGAAACUUUUAAAGUUCAUCGGCUGGUUUUGGCUGCCAGUAGUCCUUACUUUGCAGCUUUAUUCACUGGAGGAAUGAAGGAAUCCUCAAAAGAUGUCGUUGAAAUUCUAGGGAUUGAAGCUAGAAUCUUUCAGAUACUUCUAGACUUCAUUUACACAGGUAUCGUGAACAUAGGCGUGAAUAAUGUCCAGGAGUUGAUUGUUGCAGCUGACAUGCUACAGUUGACUGAAGUUGUUCAUCUUUGCUGUGAAUUUUUGAAAGGACAAAUUGAUCCUCUGAACUGCAUUGGGAUCUUUCAGUUCGCUGAGCAAAUUGCCUGCCAUGAUCUUUUGGAAUUCACAGAAAACUAUAUUCAUGUCCAUUUUCUGGAGGUUCAUAGUGGGGAAGAGUUCCUGGCACUUACAAAGGAUCAGCUGAUCAAAAUUUUGCGCAGCGAAGAGCUUAGCAUUGAGGAUGAAUACCAAGUCUUCUUGGCUGCAAUGCAAUGGAUUCUGAAAGAUCUGGGGAACAGAAGAAAACAUGUGGUGGAAGUGCUAGAUCCAAUUCGAUUUCCUUUAUUACCUCCUCAGAGGCUUUUAAAGUAUAUAGAAGGGGUAUCUGAUUUUAAUCUUCGUGUUGCCUUGCAAACACUUUUGAAAGAGUACUGUGAGGUGUGCAAAUCUCCCAAAGAGAGCAAGUUUUGUAGUUUUCUACAAACGUGGAAGGUUCGACCUCGAAAGAAAGCAAGAAAGUACCUGUAUGCAGUAGGUGGAUACACUCGGCUCCAGGGUGGUCGUUGGAGUGAUAGCAGAGCCCUCAGCUGUGUAGAACGUUUUGACACCUUUAGCCAGUACUGGACCACUGUGUCUUCACUUCAUCAGGCUCGAAGUGGGCUGGGAGUAGCAGUCCUAGGAGGGAUGGUGUAUGCAAUUGGAGGUGAAAAAGAUUCGAUGAUCUUUGACUGUACUGAAUGCUAUGAUCCAGUUACUAAGCAGUGGACAACUGUGGCUUCAAUGAAUCACCCUCGCUGUGGUUUGGGAGUGUGUGUAUGUUAUGGGGGUAUCUAUGCAUUAGGUGGAUGGGUUGGAGCUGAAAUAGGGAACACUAUUGAACGAUAUGAUCCUGAUGAAAACAAAUGGGAGGUUGUUGGCAACAUGGCUGUGUCACGCUACUACUUUGGAUGUUGUGAAAUGCAAGGUUUAAUUUACGUAAUUGGGGGUAUCAGUAAUGAAGGACUAGAGCUUCGUUCUUUUGAAGUUUAUGAUCCCCUUUCUAAGCGCUGGUCUCCACUUCCUCCAAUGGAGACCAGGAGAGCCUAUCUGGGGGUGGCUGCGCUCAAUGACUGCAUCUAUUCUGUUGGAGGGUGGAAUGAGACACAAGAUGCUCUUCGUACUGUAGAAAAAUACUCCUUGGAAGAGGAGAAGUGGGUUGAAGUUGCUUCAAUGAAAGUGCCUAGGGCAGGCAUGUGUGUUGUGGCAGUCAAUGGCCUUCUCUAUGUUUCUGGAGGUCGGGCUUCCAGUCAUGAUUUCUUGGCCCCAGGCACCUUGGACUCAGUUGAAGUUUAUAACCCUCAUUCAGAUACUUGGACAGAAAUUGGUAACAUGAUCACCAGUCGCUGUGAAGGAGGUGUUGCUGUGCUAUGAAACAGAAAGCACAAUGGAGCAUGAUGAACAUUCAGCAGAUGCAAUAUUUUGCAAAUCAACCAUGUUUGGUAAUAGGACCUCCUGAUUCUAUUUGAGUUUUAUAUGAAUUUGGUAGAUAAAUGACGAAAGAGUGAUUUUUUUUUUUUCCUAAAAAGUCAGAGGACCUAUGAAAUAUAUCCUACAUUAAUAAAGAGGUCACACAAACUUGCCAAUCCUACAAACAAUAGAAAUGGCCUUCUGGACUAAUAAAUUUUCAAGCAGUCUUAUUUGUAAAAAUUAUUUGUUAGAGGCUGUGUGAGAAAUAUUCCCUUUUACAUAACAUAAAUGAUGUAGGAAUACAGUUUUCAAACUUCUGAUCAAUUUUCCAUGGUUAUGCUACAGAAAAUUUAGCCAAUGAAACAACUUCUUUUAUUUCAUGACAGGAGUUUUUACCAGGUACAGACUUUUUAUUGCUUGCAGAUAUACUUGUGCGAGUUGUGAGAAAUGUCUAGCUAUUUACAUAGAUGACUGUUUGCUUGUUUGUAACAGCCUGCAAAAAGCUUUUGUUCCCUUAUUUUUGUUUUGAUUCUGAGAAUUCAAGAAAAGAAUCAAGAGGAAUUUCUUAGCGACUUAAUUACAACAGAAUAUUGUAAAGGGUAAUACAGCCCAGCAGGCUGUACUAAGCAUUUAGAAAUUUGCUUUUGAGAUAGUCACCAAAAUUAUCUGUAUGUUUUAGGAAGAGGGCAUUUUAUUAGAUUAUCAUACUUUGUGAAAUUUACUUGAACCUGGGCAAGCUUGAAAACUGGUUUACUACAAUGCUAUUUUGUGGAUUGGAGAAGGCUGUUAUAGGAGCAUAUUGAAUAUCUCUAAUCCAAAAAUCUGAAAUGUGUAGGCUUUUAAGUGUCAAUAUGAUGCCAGAGUUCAGAGCGCUUCAUUUGUUCAACCAGUGAAGUCUAUGCAAAUACUCCAAAAUUUGAAAAAUUGCUUCCUAAAACUUCCUUUCCCCCC